AUGUCGACGGGCAUUAAAGUUAUAAACAAAGAUGACGGGGAGGUAAGCAAAUCCCAAAACAACAUCCCCGACAAUGACUUGACCAAAACCGUAUCUUCCUCAUCAAUCACAUCAUCAACUACAUCCACUACAACCAGGCGAGGCUCAAUUUUCCACUACCUCAACAUAUUAUCUAGAAAACUAGACUCUCUUGGAGUAGAGACGCGAGGCAUCGAACGUAUACUACCGCAUGAACGAUCGACUAAUAAAACAAGUCAAUUCAUAAGCGUACUAGGACUAUGGUGUUCAGCUUGUGGAGGACUCACAUCAAUGUCCUCUUUUUUCUUAGGGCCAUUGACAUUUGAACUUGGGUUACGCAACACUUUAAUUGCUGGAAUAAUAGGUCAAGGAUUAGGAUGUGUGUUGGCAGCUUAUUGUGCAAUGAUGGGUCCAAGAUCCGGGUGUCGACAAAUUGUUAGUGCUAGGUUCCUCUUUGGUUGGUGGUUUGUGAAGAUCGUGGCGCUAGUUUGUAUUAUUGGAGUAUUGGGAUGGUCAGUUGUCAAUUGUGUUGUUGGGGGUCAGAUCUUGGCUAGUUUGAGUGGUGAUCGAGUUCCAUUAUGGGCUGGAAUUGUAAUUAUUGCUGGUGUUACUCUUAUUGUUGCAAUUGGUGGGAUUAAGCAGUUAUUGAGAGUGGAGACCUUCUUGAGUGUGCCGGUAAAUCUAUCAUUUUUGUUAUUGUAUAUUGUUGCAUCACAGAAGUUCCAAUAUUUGACUUUAGGUGAUGCGAUACUGGAUUCAGCUACGAUAAAGGGAAACUGGUUAAGUUUCUUUUCGUUAUGUUAUUCAAUCACGGCGACUUGGGGUGGGAUUGCUUCUGAUUAUUACAUACUUUUCCCUGAAGAUACACCUGAUCAUCAAGUGUUCAUAGUUACAUUCUUGGGAACUUUUGUACCCACUACUUUUGUUGGUGUAAUUGGCUUACUCAUUGGUAAUGUUGCACUCAGCUACAAACCUUGGGGAGAUGCAUACACUAAAUGGGGUAUGGGUGGUUUACUAAAUGAAGCAUUCAAACCCUGGGGUGGGGGUGGAAAAUUCCUCCUUGUCAUCAUGUUUCUUUCGUUGAUUUCGAAUAAUAUCCUCAAUACGUACUCAGCUGCUUUUGAUAUACAAAUGGCAGGUAAUUGGUUAGCGAAGAUACCACGUUGGUUUUGGGCAAUUGUUGUGACGGCGAUCUAUUUAGUGGCUGCAUUGGUUGGUAGAAAUGAGUUUUCUACAAUUUUGGGCAAUUUCUUACCCAUGAUUGGAUAUUGGAUCUCAAUGUAUUUCAUAUUGUUGCUAGAGGAGAAUACGAUUUUCCGUACUCAUAGAUUCCAACAUUUGUUUGAAUUGGAAUUUGAGGAAGACGGAUCAUAUGAUGAACCAGCAUCAUUUGAUGUUUCCAAUGUGUCCAUUGGCAAGGGACAGUCCACUUCGCACCAUUACAACUUCAAAAUAUGGAAUGAUUAUAACAAACUUACGCAUGGCUGGGCAGCAGCUGCUUCAUUUAUCAUUGGUGCUACCGGUGCUGCUGUUGGUAUGUCGCAGACUUAUUGGAUUGGUCCAGUUGCAAGAAGGGUAGGGGGAGAAUAUGGUGGUGACAUUGCCAUGUGGUUGUGUAUGGGAUUUAGUGGAAUUGUGUACCCAGUAUUGCGGUAUACAGAGUUGAAGUGUUGCAAAAGGUAG